AUGGCCAUCGCCUUCGUCCUUGCUGGCAUAUUUCUUCCAAACGAUUUUAGCCUCUCAACUGCCACUCCCUUUAGUUAUGCCUGGUGUGGUAUCAGUGGCUUUUUAAUAUCUUUAUCUUCCGUGUCAAAUUAUGGAGUAGCUUUGGCUUUAUCAACAGAACUAUAUGUUUGUUUAGGCCUUGCUUCCUUUGUCGCAAAAAGAAAUGAUGUCAAAAUACGGAGGCUUAAUAUUGUUAUGACUGUUGUGCUGCCAAUUAUAAGCAUAACGUUGAGUUUAAUAAUAUUGGCUAUACAUCAUAAUCCUUUGUUUGAGGUGGUCGAUACCAGUGGCAUUUGUGCUGUCUCUCGACAUAGCGAUUAUAGACUUCUUUUAUUUUUUAUUAGAACUGUUCCCGAGUUCUUACCAAUUUAUCCCUCAUGCGUUUUAUCCGUUAUUACUGUAAUUCCUGUCGUUAGAAAGGUUUACCGUACCUAUCGUCUUCAUGAAUCAUUUGCACUUCCUUGGCAAUCCAAAAUUUCCUCUUCCCCUAGUCCGCAGCGCAGCACGCGUGCAGGUCCACCUCCAAAAACUGCGUCUUCCAUAAAACCCACUAUUCCACGUAAUGUCCUUCUUCGUAUGGCUUCAUGGUGUUGCCUAUUAAUUAUCUCUGGCAUUCCCAUGGCCACAAUAAUAGUUAUAGAAAAUAUUCAUUAUGUUAUAUAUGAUAAUAAUAUCAGUAUACUUGAUUUUCCUUUUUGGAGUAGAAACGGAAUUACUUUACAUAUGUGUUUAAGUAUGAUUUUAUUUUUAUUAUGCUUCGGAACCGGCGAAUUCGCUACUGAAAAAUAUGGUGAACUCUGGACAAAAAUGCUUGGUUUUAUUUGUUGCAGUCCUUCCAGAAACCAAAAUACUAAUCAGAUAGAGCUUGAAAUUAUUGACCAUCGUUCAACGAGUUCUACUCAACGUUCUUCCUCUUCAAUACCGCCUUCUUUUAUCGCAUCUCCUCCAAUUAUAUAUGCUCGUUCUACACCAAUAGAAUAUACCUAUGUAACUCCUCCAGUUGAUAAAAAAUAUCUAACUGGUGCAAGAGCUGGAUGGUUAACUCCCAAAAAUGGUUUAUGUCAAAAUUAUCAAUCCAAUAUUAA